GUAAAUCUAGCAACCUUGGUCCCUCCCUUUUUCCUCGCCGGCUAAGUUUCCGUCGUUUCUUCACUCCCACCACUUUUUUUUUUUCUUUUCCUUUGAUUUGACCAAACGAAGAAUCUAAGAGCGAUGAAGCAUAUUUUCAAGAAGCUACACAGAGGUGGGAAUCAGGACCAGAAUCGGACCAACGAUGCAGUUCCACCGUCGGAUCAGAAUCGGAUACAAGUUGCUGCAAAUCCUCAAGCAACCCCCUCUUCUUCCGCGGAGACGCUUCCGGUGAGCGGAGCGACUUCUCAGAUGAUCUCUCCCGCUCCAGCCGCUGCCACGAACCGUUCGGAUUACAUAUCCUCCGAGGAGGAAUACCAAGUGCAGUUAGCCCUAGCGAUCAGUGCCUCGAAUUCGCAGUCCGGUGAGGAUCCGGAGAAGCAUCAGAUCCGAGCGGCGACGUUACUGAGCCUAGGAAGCCAUCACCGGAUGGAGUCAAGGAGGGAUUCAUCGGAGCUUCUGGCCGAGAGGUUAUCCAGACAGUACUGGGAAUAUGGCGUGCUUGACUAUGAAGAGAAAGUUGUCGAUAGUUUCUACGACGUGUACAGCCUAUCCACAGACUCAGCAAAGCUUCGAGAAAUGCCGUCGCUGGAAGAUCUUGAAAGCAAUCAUGGAACCCGUGGCUUUGAAGCCGUGGUUGUAAAUCGACCCAUUGAUCCUUCCCUGGAUGAGCUGCUGCAAAUUGCACAAUGCAUUGCAUUGGAUUGUCCUGCUAGCAGUGUUAAUGUGUUGGUACAGAGGCUGGCUGAACUUGUCACAGGCCAUAUGGGUGGAUCUGCGCAAGAUUCCAGUAUAGUAUUGGCAAGGUGGACUGCAAAAAGCAGUGAGUUCAAGGCAGCACUAAACACUUGUGUAUUCCCUCUUGGAUUUGUAAAUAUUGGUCUCUCCAGGCAUCGUGCUCUGCUAUUCAAGGUUUUGGCAGAUAGUGUCAGGUUACCUUGUAGGUUGGUAAAAGGUAGCCAUUACACGGGUAACGAGGAUGAUGCUGUGAAUACAAUAAGACUGGAAGAUGAUAGGGAGUACUUGGUUGAUCUUAUGACAGAUCCUGGGACGCUUAUACCUGCUGAUAUUGCAAUCGAGCCAUAUAACUCACAUGGAAACGCUCAGUUGCUAAAGCUUUCAGAAGGUGAAGGCAGUAGUCAGAGUUCUAUGGCUGACAAUAGUUCUUCUUUGGAUAGAAAGCCAGAGGCUGAAAUGGCAGAUUCUUCAACCCCAAAGUUGGGACCACUUCGGAAUUCGGAUUUGAGCGCUUCACCAUCUAGCGUAACUAGUUCCAGUCAGUUGGAGAAUAUUUCCUUGACGGCAAUUGCAAAGGGGAGUCGAGGAGCCAUAAAUGAUAGUUCGAGAACGAACAUGAAUGUAGUUCCAUACAAUCAGAACACUGAGGAAGACCCAAAAAACCUUUUUGCAGACCUUAACCCGUUUCAGAAUAAGGGAAAUGACAAGCUGUUUAUGCCCACUAAAUCAGGUUUGACUAAUGUUGAUGAUUUUCAUCAACAAAAAAAUAAUCCUCUGGUUGGUAAAUCUCCUGCACCAAUGAUGUGGAAGAACUACAGUUGCAACGAAGCCCCAAAGAGAAAGGAGAAUAGUUAUAUGGAAAAUCAUCUUCUCCCGAAACUCCAUCGUGAACCUCGUUAUGGAAAUAAUCAUUCCUCGUAUGCUACGUCAAGUUCUAGUGUAGCGGUUUCGUCAAAUGUGCCUGGCAGAGACAAUGUGACAUGUGUGUCGCCGGUUGCUGCGCCACCACCCUUCAUUUCCACUGGAAAUCAGCUCACACCAAGUAUGGUGGAGGAUAUGAAUAGAAACACCUACAAUGAACUAGAUCUCCAGCCUAAUGCUGCUGCUGUGAUACAUGACUACCAAAAGGAUGAAUCUCGCGUCCACGAUCAUAGAAAGUAUACAAGUGAUGACAUAUCUACUGGGUCUGAUCUGAGGCUUAAGGAUCAAGAAAGUACAAGUUCCUCUCUUGAUUCUACAUCCUACCGGAAUGAUCCUCAAGUUCUGGAUGAUGCAGAUGUUGGUGAAUGUGAAAUCCCUUGGAAGGAUCUUGUGAUUGGGGAGAGAAUAGGAUUAGGAUCCUAUGGGGAGGUCUAUCAUGCUGACUGGAAUGGAACGAUAGACGUGUUUCAGUCACUAGUCGCUGAUGCAUCAGGGGCAUCCACGGUAUCGUCUGGUGCAAUCUCAUCAGAAGUUGCUGUCAAGAAAUUUUUGGACCAAGACUUCUCAGGUGCUGCUUUGGCCGAGUUCAGAAGAGAAGUACGCAUUAUGCGAAGAUUGCGGCAUCCAAAUGUUGUUUUCUUCCUUGGGGCGGUUACUCGGCCUCCAAACCUUUCCAUUGUCACAGAGUUUUUGCCAAGAGGAAGCUUGUAUCGCAUCCUUCAUCGACCCAAAUCCCAGAUCGACGAGCGGCGCCGGAUUAAAAUGGCCCUUGACGUGGCGAUGGGGAUGAAUUGCUUACACACGAGCACACCAACAAUUGUCCAUCGUGAUUUAAAAACACCAAAUCUUUUGGUUGAUAACAACUGGAAUGUGAAGGUUGGUGAUUUUGGGUUGUCUCGCUUAAAGCAUAAUACUUUUCUAUCCUCAAAAUCAACUGCUGGAACGCCCGAAUGGAUGGCUCCGGAAGUUCUACGCAAUGAGCCCUCAAAUGAAAAGUGUGAUGUGUACAGUUUUGGGGUGAUAUUAUGGGAACUUGCAACGUUGAGAUUGCCUUGGCGAGGGAUGAACCCGAUGCAGGUAGUAGGAGCAGUUGGUUUCCAGAAUCGGCGGCUAGAGAUCCCCAAGGAACUUGAUCCUGUGGUGGGAAGGAUCAUCUUGGAAUGUUGGCAGACGGAUCCGAAUCUGCGGCCGUCCUUUGCUCAGCUCACGGAAGUGCUGAAGCCUUUGAACCGGCUCGUGCUUCCCUCACCACAGUAGCUGUCAACUGUGAAUAUGUGCGAGACAGUUCAAUCAUCUAUACAAGGAAUGUAAAUGAAAUCAUUUUACUAUAAUAUAUAUUUUGGUGUAUUAUGUUAUAGGAAAAAAAGCUGCGAUGCUGUGCUUUGUUUAUUGGGUUAUACUUGUUCGUCUCUCCUCUGUUUCCCCUCGAAGGACACUUAUCUAUCAGAAGCCAAAGCUUCUCCAACAAGAGUAUAUUAUUUUACCUUCGAUCUGUGUCACC